AUGACGAAUCGGGACAUUGACUACGGGAAGCAACUCGUCGCCUCGGUCGCUGGUUUGGCGCUCGCGGCGGGGAUUUUGAAGGUGAAGAAGGUUUUGGACACGCCGAGUCGAACGUACAUCCCCGGGGAGAACACCGUGGGGGCGGAGUACGACGCGUGGACCGAGGAGGAAAUUUUAGAGUACUACUGGGGCGAGCACAUCCAUCUCGGGUACUACCGCGACGAAGACUUGGCCAAGGGCGCGGGCACGCUCCUGGGACACAGAGUGAAAGAUUUCAUCGAGGCCAAGGAAGAUUUCGUGGACGAGAUGUACGCGUGGAGCGGGGUGGAGGCGAACAACGGCGGGAAAAAGCCGAAGAAAAUAUUGGACGUCGGUUGCGGCAUCGGCGGAGCGACGCGACGCUUGGCGUCCAAAUGCGUCGGACCCGAUAGCCAAGUGACGGGCAUCACGCUAUCUUCAAAGCAAGCGGCGCGCGCGACCGCGCUCGCCGAGCGCCAAGGAAUUCCGAACGCCGAUUUCCAAGUCAUGGACGCGCUCGCGAUGACGUUUGAAGACGACACGUUUGACAUGGUGUGGGCGUGCGAGAGCGGCGAACACAUGCCGGACAAGAAGAAGUACGUCGACGAGAUGGUUCGCGUGCUCAAACCGGGCGGGACACUCGUCAUCGCGACGUGGUGUCAGCGACACGCUCCGCCGGAGUUGACGGCGGUGGAGAAGAGUAAGCUUCAGUUUUUGUACGACGAGUGGGCGCAUCCGUACUUCAUCUCCAUCAAGGAUUAUUGCUCGCUCGCCACCGACACGGGCGCGAUGACGCGCGUGGAGGGGGACGACUGGACGAAACAAACGAUCGUGAGCUGGCGUCACUCCAUCUGGGCUGGCGUGUACGAUCCGAUUCCCGUGUUCUCUCGACCGAAAAUUUGGUACAAGACGCUGCGCGACAUCGUCUGUCUCGAGCGCAUGCGUCGCGCGUUCGGCGAGGGACUCAUGCAAUACGGGAUGAUUCGCGGCGUGAAGAAGGAAUAG